ACCAUUCUCCAACAACUCAGCCAACGUCGGAUUUCAACAACCAUGGGUCGACGGUUACCAUCGCAUAUCUUCGUCGUAAGACACGGCAACCGACUCGACACCGCCAACAAGCAAUGGCACCUGACCUCACCGACACCCUACGAUCCUCCCCUCACGUACGGCGGUUUCCUGCAGGCGCGGCUGGUCGGCAACCAGAUUGCGAGCAUCCUGGAGCAGGCAAAGAUUGAUGCCGAAGUCACAAACAAUGGCGCCACAUUGACAGGGAAGCGCCGCCGCUUCAAGGUCGUCAUUCACAGCUCGCCCUUCUUGCGGUGCAUCCAGACGUCCGUGGGCAUCAGCUCCGGCCUUGCGCAGAUGCCGGCCGAUUCUAUAUACCAGCCUUCCGAUGUCCUCGUUCCGCGAAAAGCCCCGAUUGGCCAGCAAAGCCCGCACAGGUUCGCCCUGCUGCGUCUCGACUCGUUUCUGGGAGAAUGGCUGUCGCCAGAGUACUUUGAGAUGAUCACGCCGCCCCCGGGGCCUGAACUCAUGAUGGGCAGCGCAAAGGCCGAGCUUCUACGGCGGGAAGACUACAGUAUCUACACAGACGUUUCGACGCCUAGCAACAAUCAACCAGCGACAUCCAAAGCUGCUCUGUGGAGCUCCCCCGUGUCGUCGCCCUCGCAGCCAAACGCUUCAUCUGGGCCAGAUCAGGGCAACGCCUUCAGCUCCUCGGCCAUGGCUGCUGCGCUGUCCUCUGCGUCACAGGAGCAGAAGAAAGGCUACGUGCCUCCGCGGCCGUUGCACGCCGUAUCGAGCAAUGGCAAGAUUCCAGACGGCUUCGUCGCCCAUGCCAGGGACUCGUGUGUCCUGAUCGACUUUCAGUGGGAUUCGAUGCGGCCACCGCUGGCCUUUGGCGAUGGGGGAAAGCUGCCUGAGGAGUGGACGGCGAUGCACCAGCGCUUUCGCACCGGCCUGAAGCGCAUGGUCAACUGGUAUGCGACGGCAGACUUUCCCGACGAGAUGAUCGGCGCACCGGUCAACGACAACGACGUGAGCUGCAGCGACAGCGGCUACGGCGAGGAGGAGGAGGAGGAGAUUGAGACGGUCAUCAUCAUCGUGUCCCACGGCGCGGGCUGCAACGCCCUGAUCGGCGCCAUUACGCACCAGCCCGUUCUCAUGGAUGUCGGCAUCGCCUCCAUCACGGCCGCCGUCAGGCGAUCGGAUGCCAACUACGCCAAGGCUCUUGCUGCUGCCUCGGAACGCAAGGGCAGCGCCUCUGAGCCUCCCCAGGCCAGUGUUGACGAACUGUACGAAAUUCGCCUCUCCGCAAGCACAGAACAUUUGCGCUCCAACUCGGGAGCGUCCAUCACGGCGAGGCCGGCGUCGCCCAGAAAUACUUGGAGUCCUUCUGCCCGUCGUGGCCGUACCUCGGCGCUGGCCUCCCCUACUGCGGCUGUCUCCUCCUUUAGCCCCUUUGUAUUUCCCGAGCCGGCCUCGUCUGGCAACCGCAGCAAUUCGGCAAACGCGUCAGUAGGAGCCUUUACGCGACGAGAUUCUGGAUCCACACGGCGAUCUCCCAGAGCGCCGCCGCCCGUGAGCGCGGGCUACGAAAAUGAGGGCAGCAGCUUCGCAGGAGGACGGAAGAGCGCUCCGUCUCCAGGACUGUGGGCGCCCUCACGCCCUUCUGUCCGUUUGAUUGAUGUCGACGAGGAGGCAGUCGACGACUUCGAGAACAUGUUUCCCGACUUUGACAACAAGCGGUUCAAACCGAUACCCGACGAGAACCCCAAGCCGGCGCCCGACAAGCCCUCGUCGGAGCCGUUUCCAGAGCUCGCCCCGGCUGCCAAGAUCACAGCGUCACCCCAGAGACCAAUCUUUGCAGCGCCUAUCAAGCUGAACACGGACCUGUCAUUUGGGGAGCCUGAGGAAGAGAUGCCUCUGUCGCAGCUCGGCGGGCUGUGGAAUCUGGCCAUGCCGCCGAGCGAAGCGGAUAGGCUUAGGGAUUUGAGUCAGACGAAGAGGAGGUGGACCGUCAACGACAGGAGCUGAAUGGGUACACCACCAUCUCCUUCUCACUCUCUCCCCCUUCUCUGUGUGUUUAGUGAGAGGGGCUUUUUCCUUCUUCUCAGCGAUCGGUUUUUGAAUUGGAAGGGCUUGAUUUGUGAUUCUUGAUGGCGGCGCAAGACAAAGAAAAAAAAAGGAAGAGGAACUGGUAAUCACAACGCAAUCGACAGCGAACGCACACCCUGUAAGACGUUUGGAAUUUCACAUGAAUUCGAUUUAGGACCAAAGUAGAGCAAGCGAA